AUGCUUAGUCGCGCAGUUUUGCCUCUGACGAGGCCAAAUGUCCUCGCCUCUACCGUCCGAGCCUCAACCCGGUCGGUGCGCCCUUCGUACACUGCAUACAAGCUUUCCCCAGGUCUCCAGCUCCGGGCAAACUCGACCAACUCCAACAAGCCCAAGGCUCCCGAAUCAGCCUCAAAAGACUUUACCCCAGAUCAACCCGAGUUCGAUACCAAGGCUGAACCCGAGACAACUUCUUCCGAUAAUGUUGAACAACCACAGAGACCUCUCCCCGACCUGACACAGGGUAUCCCCUCGACAUUGGCCGCGGAAUUAGAAGGUCGCAUGAAGAAGGGACCCUUGAACCUUACAGAAGAUCCUACCUACUCCGAAGAGUACAGCGAAGAAGGCCGAGGAGGUGGUGAUAUUCCCAAGGGUGGAUAUGAGACAUCUAUCGACCGCCGCAAGGCCCGCAUGGCCAACAUAAUGUACGCAGCCAUGUUGCUCGCCGGUAUUGCCGGUAUGGGCUACUUGGGUCGCAACUGGGAUAGCGAAGAAGAGGAGCGUGUUCACACCGAGACUCCAUCAGGAUGGGGUCUGGGUCUUUGGUACAGCCGCAUCAAGGCCCGCAUGAGUGAUCUUACCAGUUACUACAAGGAUCCUGCUUUCCCCAAGCUGCUUCCCGAUGAAGACGCUGAGAUGCGUCAGCCAUACACCCUGGUACUCAGUCUUGAGGAUCUCCUUGUUCACAGCGAAUGGAGCCGUGAGCACGGAUGGCGUGUUGCCAAGCGGCCUGGUGUCGACUACUUCCUCCGCUACCUGAACCAGUACUACGAGCUCGUUCUGUUUACCAGUGUUCCCAGCAUGAUGGCCGAUCAGGUCCUCCGCAAACUCGACCCUUACCGUAUCAUCCGCUGGCCCUUGUUCCGCGAGGCUACCCGUUACAAGGAUGGAGAGUACAUCAAGGAUCUGCAAUACCUGAACCGUGAUCUGUCCAAGGUUAUCCUUAUCGACACCAAGGAGGAGCACGCCCGCUUCCAACCCGAGAACGCCAUUGUCCUAGACAAGUGGACCGGUGACCCGCAGGAUAAGACGCUGGUCGCCCUUAUCCCCUUCUUGGAAUACCUCGCUGGAAUGGGCGUUGAAGACGUGCGCACUGUGCUCAAGUCCUUCGACGGCACUCCUAUCCCCGCUGAGUUUGCCAAGCGCGAGAAGGCGAUGCGCGAGCGCUUCGAGAAAGAGCUUGCCGAGGAGCAGAAGAAGAAGCCCUCGCGCGGCCUGGGCAACUUCGCCGCUGCACUUGGCUUGAAAUCUUCCAACCCUCUGACCGGCGAGCCGAGCCCCUCUGAGGGUCUGGCUCAGGGCAAGAUGCUUUGGGAUCAGAUUCGCGAGCGUGGCCAGAAGAACUACGAGAUGGUAGAGUCGGAGAUCCGCCUGAACGGCGAGAAGUGGCUUGCUGAGAUGGCCGCCGAAGAGGAGAAGGCCCGCCAAGAGCAGAUGCAGAGCAUGAAGGGUUCUUUCACUGGGAUGUUCGGUGGUGGCUCCAAGUAA